UCCGGUGCUGCAGUGAGGAGGUGGUUCUCGCCUGUGUUGUGUGUGUGUGUGUGUGAGUGAGAGAGCGAGUGAGUGAGUGAGUGAGUGUGUGUGUGGGGGGACUCGGCUAGUUGUUGUCGGUGACUUCCCCCUCCCCUCCACCCCUCCCCCCUUCCCCGCCGCCGCUGCAGUGGCCGCUCCCUGGGCCGUAGGAAAUGAGCGAUAACGAUGACAUCGAGGUGGAGAGCGACGAAGAGCAACCGAGGUUUCAAUCUGCGGCUGACAAACGGGCUCAUCAUAAUGCACUGGAACGAAAACGUAGGGACCACAUCAAAGACAGCUUUCACAGUUUGCGGGACUCAGUCCCAUCACUCCAAGGAGAGAAGUCCGUGCACUGGAGAAGGCGAGGUCGAGUGCCCAACUGCAGACCAACUACCCCUCCUCAGACAACAGCCUCUACACCAACGCCAAGGGCAGCACCAUCUCUGCCUUCGAUGGAGGCUCGGACUCCAGCUCGGAGUCGGAGCCCGAAGAGCCCCAAAGCAGGAAGAAGCUCCGGAUGGAGGCCAGCUAAGCUCCGCGGGGCAGGCCAGCAAUACAAACUGUCUGUCUCCUCCAUCGUCCCUCCUUCUUUCAGUUCAUCCCUAGAACCCUCACAACCAUUUAAGAGACUUUUUUUUUCCCUCUUUCUCUCUCUCUCUUUUUUUUUUUUUUUUUUUUAAUUUUAUUUUUAUGUAGAAGCUCUUGGACAACAGCUCUCGUUCUCCUUCCCCAUUUCCACAUUUUUUUUUUUAAACGUUUCCCUUCAGGGAUUCCCUGUACCCACCAGGAAUUUUUAAACCAAAACACCCCAACUUGGCAGCUUUUUCUAUGGAGGACAGACGGCCGGCCGGACCUCUGAGCACAUGAUGUCCUGACCGGCCACCAGCUCCUCCAGCCCUGCCGGGCACUUGCCCGGAGGACUCCUGCCCCUCCCAGGCCGCCCUCACCUCCGUUUGAUAGACUUUGUGAAUCUGUGGACUGCUCUACUUUAAGAAGAUGACCGGUUUGGAGUAAUCAGAAUUGAUCCCCCUUCUUUUUAAGGAUUUUUUUUUUUUUUUCUAAAAAGCUAUUUAUCGCUUCUGUUAAAAGACUAGAUCCUUGAAGAAGUCUGUGGUAUAAAAACAAGUGGGGACAGAGUUGCAGCCCCAUCUUUGGCCUGUUUCGCUCCUGCCUCUCUCAGCCAGCCUUAGGGAGGGCCGUGUGACACCCGUGUGGUAUGUGUGGGGGACAGCAGGCAGCAGUGAAGUGGUAGCCGCCAUGGGGUGGUAGGGGGUGGGACAAGGAGGGAGGAUCGGGUCGGGGAGAGGUUUUGUAUUGAGGGCCAGUGAUGACGUUUUGAUAUUUAUUUCCUGCUACUGAAAUUUGAAUCUGAGUGAAUUGUCCUUAUUUCUGAUGAUGUCGGUAUUGCAAAACGACAGAUUCAUAAAGUAAUGAUCAAAUCUUCCUUUCUUUCCGUGUGUAUUUCUAAGAAAUAGAGCCAACUGAUUUUGUAUGUAAAUACCAAGAGCAAUUUACCUGGUACUAAACCUGCCCCCCAGUGCGGACCCUUCCCUGCCCUCACCCUACUCCCGUUCCACCUGUCCUGGAACCUGUUCCCAUCGUGUGAUCCAGCCCUGGUCCUGGCUGCGGUCAGCAGAUCCCAGUGAAGGGUUUUGUGUGUUUAGGCCUCAUUUCUUUGUCUUUUUCCUACUCCGUUCCUGGCAUUUGCUGAUUUCUAGUGUGUACUCUGUAGUCUCAGUCUGUGUUUGAUUCCAUUCCAUGGAAAUAAAAAGUAUGUUGUACAUACUGCCCAAGAAUUGUCUUGCAAGUUAAGGCUUUCCCCUUUACUAUAAGACUAUAAAUAAAAACUUAUUUUAUCCUU